AUGUCGGACCGGGAGCUCCCACCGCUGCGAUCAAUCAGAAUUACAGGGGACGGGAGGUGCCUGUUCCGGUCCGUCGCCUACGGGGCCUGCAUAAGGAGAGGCAAGCAGUCGCCGAGCGACAGCGUCCAGAAGGAACUCGCCGACGAGCUUCGAGCAAAGGUUGCAGAUGAGUUCAUCAAGCGAAGAGGAGAUACCGAAUGGUUCCUCGAAGGCAAUUUCGAGAGCUAUGUGCGCAAGAUGAGGAAGCCUCACGCCUGGGGAGGAGAACCUGAGCUGCUCAUGUGCUCACAUGUUCUUGGGAUGCCCAUCACCGUCCACAUGUACACCAAGGGCGCCGAUAACCCCAGGAUCAUAGCAGAAUAUGGUCAGGAAUAUGGCAAGGACAACCCGGUCCGUGUUCUUUACGACGGUUAUGGGCACUACGACGCGCUGCAGCCAUCUCUUGUAAGAACACAACCAAGACUGAGAGGAGCGUAG